UAGAAUUUAUGACAAAAGAAAGAUUGCAGAUACUGAAGAUGGAAUUGUCAAAAAGUUUUGUCCGCAUCAUUUGAUUGACAGCAAGUCCAAAGCUGACAUUACCUGUGCAGUGUAUAAUUACAAUGGAACAGAGGUACUGGGCUCCUACAAUGAUGAUGACAUUUAUUUGUUUGAUAAUACACAUUCCGAUGGUGCAGACUACAUUCACAGAUAUGGGGGUCACAGAAACAGUGCCACAGUGAAGGGAGUGAACUUUUAUGGCCCCCACAGUGAGUUUGUAGUCAGUGGGAGUGACUGCGGCCAUGUGUUCCUGUGGGACAAAGAGACGGAGAGCGUGGUACAGUUCAUGGAGGGAGACGAUUGUGGAGUGAUCAAUGUGUUGGAGCCCCAUCCUUUUGCCCCGGUUUUAGCCACCAGUGGUCUGGAUCACGAUGUGAAGAUUUGGGCCCCCACUGCCGAGGAGCCAACUGUGUUACCCAACCUCAAAAAGACAACCAAGAAGAAUAAGAAGGAGAGAAAUGAGGAGAAUUUGAGUGACCCUUCUGCCUUGCAUGACAUGUUGGACGGGCCAAUGAUGUACUAUAUAAUGAGACAGAUCAGUCGAGCUAGGAGAAGGAAUGAACCAGAUGCCGAUGAUUCGAGUUCCAACACUUCCGACUCGGAUUCUGAAGAUUCCGAAUUUGGCCCAGCAGACAGGCUUCAGUGUGCACAGCAGUAAAUCAGCCAUGUGUGACCAAAAUAAAUCAGCGUCAAAGGGCUGUGCCAGAUUAAUCAAAAAGCUUAUGCAGGAAUUCUGGGAAAAAAUAUUAUUCAUAGGAGACUUCAUUUUCAUGCUUCAAUGUAAUCAUGCUAGAGACUUCAUUUGAUUUUACAGCAUUUUGCAUGAACUUGUAUUUGUGGAUAGUUAAUAUGUUUACUUCAGAUUAUGUUUACUUUUUUGCUUUUGUUUAUUUAUUCAUGAAUUUGUACAAACUUCAUUGGAUUUGUUCCUUUUUUUCUGUUUAAUUAAUAAUAGAUAAUAUAUCCUACAUCAUGAAAUGAUUUGAGUUAAUGCAUAUACAUGUAUAUUUAACAACUGGAGUGAACUUAAAUGUUAAUGAAAUUAUAUUGAUGGUGAAAACCAGACAGUUUGUGUUCUCAAUAAAAAUUUAAUUUAA